UUUCAAGUUUCACUUUCAAAAAUCGGAAGAGUCAAGCUCUGUCCAUAUCUCCUCUGUGCCUUUAGCCAUAAAAGUGAAAAUAAAUAUAAUGGAAGAAAUAAAAUUCCAUGUCCUUGGAGAUGGAAAUAAGAAAAAUUCUAUACAAUGUUCCGGGCGAGAAGAUCAAACGCUGAAAGAGGCUAUCGAAGAACAGGAAGGUUCUAUUUUAUCCAGCCCAAUACAUUGGUAUGUUUUCAAGGCUUCUGUUAAAGCAUUUAAAUCUGGAGAGCCAGUAGAGCUUUGAUGUACUUUGUUCUGAGAUCCUUCAGCUGAUAUGAAAAUGACUAAUGACACCCAAAUCACAUCAAGACGACCGGUUAUUGUCAGUCAAGAAUUGCCAUGUGGUUGGCUGGACCAAGGUACAAGAAUACGUACUUAUAAGCUAUCAGAAUCAAAAGCCAAUAAGAUUUUUAAUCGUCAAAUGCAAGUUGAAAAGUCAAGAGUCUCAGAUCAGAUUCUCAUUUUUAUAAAUCUCGAUCGUCCACCGAAUUCUUCUAAGAUAACCCACAUUCCAUACGGAGAAUAUAAAGUGAAAUACAUUUGUGUGUUGGCUAAAAAAGAUGAUACCUUACUGAACGCUUUAAAAAAUGACGGCCGUUUCAAAGAACCAGAAAAAUGGACGCUUCAUUCAACUAAUACUGCGUCGGAUGUUCCCCUAAGUUCAAAAGCAAAACAUUGUGAGAACUACAUUUUUGAUGUUAAGUAUAAUGCCAGAAAAAAAAAUUGUGGUGAAAGCCGUUCCGAAUCAAAAACGUGCCCUCGUUCUAACAUACAAAUCAAGGCCGAGAAAUUUGAAGAAGACGAGUUUAUGGGGUAUAGUGGUGACGAAUAUAGUGGUGACGAGUAUAGUGGUGACGAGUCAAAUGGCGGCAAGAGUGAAGACGCGAAAUUUUAUCAAGAAAUUUUACAAUUUGCAAAAGAGUAUGCUUAUACAUGGCUUGAAAGAGAAAAACGUGGAAAUCUGGCUGCUUUAAUCGAAGAAAGCUUUUCCAAGCCAAUUGACCAAACCAAGUCCGUUUGGCUAAUGGAACGCCUCGUUUCAGCAAGCAAAUCAGUUGGUCAUAUUUAUACUGAAGGAUGCCCUGGGGGGACGUGUUUUCUGAUCAGAGAGGAUGUGAUAUUAACGAAUUAUCACGUUUAUGAUCAGAUUAAAAAUUUCAUUGCAAAACAUAGAGACCCGUCCAAAGUGAUUGUAUCGUUUAACUAUUUGUUCCCAAAUCAAAGAGAUGGAUUGGAAGAGGUUGAAGUGGAUAUAGACCGUGUUUAUGCCGAAAACAAAGAGAAAAGCCUGGAUUACAUUUUUCUCGGAUUGAAGAAUGCAUCUGAUCAGUCAACCUGCUCUCGGCGAUGACAUAUCUGUAGAUAAUCCCGAAGGCUUUACCGGUCUUACUGUAACUGUCAUUGGCCAUCCCAACGAGUCAGAGAAAAAAAUGGAUACUGACUGCCGAAUCAUAUCCCAGUGGCGUGAUGAAUUAAUCGGCAGAGUUGCGACAUUAAAACCUAAUGAACUCCCUCCACUCCUCACAUGCAAACCGGAAAUUUCAAGUGAUACCUACGAGCAUAAGAUUGCCUAUGAUUCAAGUUUCUUUCAUGGUGCUAGUGGAUCGCCUGUGUUUGAUGAUAAAGGAAAGGUGAUCGCUAUGCACACAUGCGGCUGGAUCGAGAAAGGAGCAAAAGAAGACGUAUUCGUUAUGGAAUUUGCUGUUCAUAUGGCAGCAAUAUAUAAUGAUUGUGUCAGAAAUAGCGAUGCUGCCAAGGACCUGUUUUCUAGCAUUAAGAUGGAAAUUGGCUCGGACUGACCAUGCAAUUAUAAAUAGCUAGAGGCAAACAUUCGAACCCAUUUUGCGAGUAACAAAAACAAAGAAGGAAAAACUGUUUGUAACUUAGAACGGUUCAGAACUUGAUUUUUAUUCAGCAGAUAUUCAUUUUGUUUUUGUAUAGACAAUUUGGCAAAAUUUUAUUAUAUGCUGUUCCUAUAUUCGAACACUUCAUUAAACAA